UGAAUAUGAUGCAUCUCACACCACAAAUUUUAAGUAAGAGGCAAAUGGCAAGCAGCUCAGCUCUCCGAUUCUCGCAGUAGGAGAGAUCACCAAGUAGACGCCAUGGCUUCUUCCUCCAUUCCACUCCAUUUCGACACCGUCCGAAAUCCUCUACUUCAAAAUAACAGCUUUCUCUUUCGCAAAGCCCCAUCAAUCCUCCAUCAUUCUUUCAGGUCCGGUAACUACACAGUGAUAACUCCUUCUGCCAAGUUCAACCUCUACGAGAUGAUGGGCGGACGGGGCCUCUGCAAUGGAGAACAGGGCCUCAGAAUGGAGCUCGAGAAGUCAGCCAUCAGAGAAACAGAAUCCCUACCUCAUAAUCAAGAUGCCGUUUCCGUCGAGACCACUCUUCUUUCACCCUCCAACCCUGUGGACGAACUUAGCUUCGACAAGGAACUUAUGGGGCUCACUGGUGGCUUCCCCGGUGGCGAGAAGGGUCUUCAAAGCUUCAUUGAGAAGAAUCCGCCUCCCAUUAAGAAAAGUGGCGGUGGAGAGGAGCCAUCGGGAGAUCUGCUUCAGGAUUCGAAGCCCAAGCCCCCUGAGCUUCCAUCGCUAAUGCCGGGGAUGAUUGUAAAUGUGAAGAACCCGGAAAACCCUUUCUACCUGUACAGUGGUAUCGUGCAGAGGGUCACCGACGGGAAUGCUGGAGUCCUCUUUGAAGGGGAUGAUUGGGAGAAGCUUCUCACUUUCAACCUUCAUGAGCUCGAGAGGAGAGAGACGGGACCGCAUAUGGUUGAUCCCACGUCCGCCAUUCACGAGUCCUUUGUGGACACGAAGUCUGAGUGAGAAAGAUGCCGACUGAGAGAAAAGUAGUAAGCUCACUUCUCUUCGAUUCUAGAGGGUUUCAACUAGCCAGUUUUUCUGAUGUUUACAUUAUACUGAUGGCCAUCAAACUAAUGAACUUGUGAUUCGUUAUUGGAUCUUAAUAAUUGUGAAUUCAUAUUGUGAUUUCUA